AGAGAAAAAGAAGCAACGGCAGCUACCACCCAAAAAUAAAAAAUACAAAAAAAGUGCAGUGAGCGACGUGCAAAAAGACCGUGCCUUGUCUUGGAGCUUAUGAAUCGGUGACGUGAGCUGCGGGAUUUUCCAUAUUUUCCCCCCGUUCCAGCCCAAAUCCUGCCUGAAAAUGCAAUUGCUAUGGGACCCGCAAAGUGUGCAAUGGAAAAUUGCAAUUCUAAUUAUCGCAUUAGUCGCCGACGUGUCGUGCAUAAGAAAUGGCAAUGGUGAAGAAAAUCAAAUAUCUGUGAAGCUGAAAAACUUUUUUCCCUCGGAGCAGGAGGUGCAGGUAAAGGACAGCCAGAAUCCUCCAGAAACCUCAGCUAGGGUGACCUCUGGCGGUGGCUUUAGGCCCUCGCAAAUGCUGGAUUUCACGCCUUCGGAUGUAAUGCCGCAGGGCGGGAUCUUCAAUCGCUAUCCCCCCAGCUAUUUGGAGCCAAACUACAGGCAUGAAAUACCCAGUUCCUUGGGACAGCAGCAGCAGGUGGGCGCCCUGGACAAGCAGUUCUCCUUUCCCCAGGAAUCGCAUUUCCAGAGCACGCCUUUGCCCACCACACCGGUGGUCAGCUAUCUCGAUCCUUAUACCCAGCAAAACUAUGGCUAUACGCCCACUCCACCCUCCAUAAUUCAGUAUCAACGAGAGCAAGUACCUCAAGAUGAUCAGGCCUACACCGUGCAAUCUUCCCUCCUGGUGGGUGGAAAUCAUCAACAACAACAGCAGCACCACCAACAGCAGCGUCCUGGUCACGUGGACGAGGUGUAUCUAAAGCGACCCGGCUAUGUCUUCGAUGAGAGUCCCCUGGCCUCAACAUAUCGACGACCCACAAGACCAGCCACGCCUGCCUUGCCACCACCGCCCACCACAGCCUCGCAGAAAAUCUCCUACGAUAGCCAUGAUUACCCACCGCCCAGCUAUGCGGCCCAGCAGACAUCCAAUUUUGUGCCCCAGCAGCCCAAGCAGCGACCGCUGUACCAGCGCCAAGAUAUCAAUGGGAAUCGGGGAGGAGGACCAGCGCCAGCGCCAGCCUCGUCUAAUUAUGCAAACAACUUUGAUAAUUAUUUGCAGCGGCCAAAACCCCAGCAGCAGCAGCAGGAGCAGGCGCAGAUACAGAGCCACAACCAGCUACAGCCGCAGUUUGGACACUAUCAAUACAAUCCCCAGAAUGGCGGAGCAGGAGGCGGAGCACCACCUGGAGCUGGCAUAUCCCAGCGACCCAGACCGGGACACAAUUACUACGAGUAUCAAAUUGGCGAGAUACCGCCACCACCACAGUCCCAACACUUCCAGCAGCCGCAGCAGCAGCAGCAGUUCAACUAUCGUCCUGCCAGUCAGUCAGCAGGCGGAGGAGGAGGAGGUAUGGGUGGUGGUUUGGCCACCCUGGCCUCGCUGCUCAGCUCCACGCAGCAGUAUGCACCGCAAUUUACGAAUCUCCUCUUGGGUGGAGGUGGUGGCUCUACAUCCUCCCAAUCAGCCAGUCCGUUGGGCAGCCUUCUCGGCGCUUUUGCUGGCACACAAGGAGCAGGAUACCCCAGUGGGGGUGGAGGCGGAGGAGGGCGACCAGCCAACACAAGACUCAUUAGGGCACUGGAGAACAUCGCUCGCAACGACGAUUUGCAGUGCGUGCCCAAGGUGCUCUGCCAGAUGAUUGCCGGUCAAACGUUACGUGGCCAAUUGCCCGGAUUCGUUACCUCCCCGGCCAUAACCAAUUUCCUGGCUGGUUUCCCUGUGGCCUCACCUGCCCUAAUUUAUGGAAGAGCUGCACUCUUGGGCUUGAGUGGAGGGGAUAGAAGCUGCAUCCAGACCUACGAGAAGUGUCCCAAAAAUGAGAUGGAAAUAAUUCAUUACCUAAACAACCAUCGCGGUGGCUUCUUCAAGUUCUUCAGUGAACCAGAGGAGAAGCCCGAGGCUUCGCUUCAAGGCGAAGGAGGAACUGGCAGCCUGUUCAGCAUUCUCUCAGCUCUAACUGGAGGUGGCGGUCAAACCUACACCACCCCCAGACCCCCACCUAGACCCACCCAGCGACCCACCACGGAUAUAACCAGUGGCAUUGGCAGCUUCUUCACUCAAGUGCUGUCCGAAUACCUGAAUGGUGUGGAGUACCAACGGAGAAGGCGAAGAAGGAGUCUAAACCUGAAUGAUGACUUCCACGACGAAGAGGAUAAUCUGGACACACAGUCGGGUCAACAGCAGCUGGUCAAGUUCCAGGAUGAUGAAGAGGAAGAGGCUGCCAAGGCUCACACCGAACUAAUUGGAGUGCUGCAGUUUCCCGAAAGCGAAGGCGAAGGUCGAGUGGUUACCUUUAAGGACAUUCAAAGUGAGGAAGAGCACGAGGAUGGAGCAACAAUACGCUUUCCGGAUGCCACACCAGCGGAUGUUAUCAGGGAAUUUAACCGUGAUGCCGCCCAAAGGAAGCUAAGAUUUCCCCAGGAAAAGGAUGAAGAAUCGAAAGCUGAAAAUGUUAGGAGAGCCAAGCAAUUGUCCUUGAUGGAAGGUUGGAAGGCUGUCCUGCCUAAUGGCCUGGCGGAAUCAGACUUUGGCGUGGAUAAACGCAGAGGUAAAAGGAUAGUAUUUCGGGAUACCAACGAGCAUCCAGAAGAGGAGAGAUUGCAGGAGGAGAGGUUAAGGGAAGAAGAGCAGUUUAGAGAAGCUGAACUUAGGGAGCUUAGGGAACUGCAAAUCAGAGAAGAAUCUUAUCGGGAAGAACAACUUAGAGAAGAACAACUGAGAGAAGAUCAAAGAAUUCGUGAGGAACAGCUGCAAAUACAACGCCUUCGUGAGCUGCAACUAACCCAGCAGAGCUUCAAGGAAGAUUCUCUCCCCCCAAAUGCUGUCUACGAUGAUGCAGCUCCUCCUCAACGAGGAGCUCGGGUUAUAUUUCCCGACCACUAUGAACAGCACAUUCGCAAAGGCAAGAUCCUGAAUCGACCCACAUAUGCGCCCACCUACGAGUACAAUGACCUGGGCGAGGCCAAGGAGGAUCGCCUGGUGGUGAGCAGUCACUACCGACUGGAAGGUGGUUUUAACUCCCUAAACCGCGGUGAAUUUAUGCCGGGAAAUCAUGUGCGUUUUGUAGAUUCUGCGGCUAGUGAAAGACCCCAGCACUACAACUAUCCAAACACAAAUUACAUCAGCGACAACAGAUAUGGAAGCGGAAGUCAAAAGCCCACGUAUCGGGAGGAUGACAAGAACAUUUAUGUGACCAACUCGCAGGGUGUUAAUGAGUACUACAUACGACCCGAUGGCAGAAAGGUUUAUUUUAAAACAGGUUAGGUUUAUAGUUGGAUUUAGGAAAUAACAACUGUAGGAUUUUAUUUUAAAGAAAGAAAAAUGUGAGGAAAGAAAAACAGAAAGGCAAAACCUUGAAAUCUUAUAAAUAAGCUAUGUAGUUAUAGUACAAUGGGUCUUAAAUUCGUACAAGUUGCUUACAAAAGGAAAUAGAAAUUGUAGGAAUGGAUUGCUUGUAUUAAAAAAUCGUAUUUUAAUAUUUAAAUAUUGAAGAAAUAUGAC